AUGCCUCUUAUCCGCCUAAACCGGUCGCUUCACCCAGCUCUGCCCGCACUGUGGUGGGCGCGUUUUCUCUCUGCGGGCUGCUCUGUCUCCGCCUUGUCGGAUUCGGUUCCGCUGCCCGGGUGCAAGCUGUUUGUGGACUUGUUCGCGGGUGCUUCGGCACCCCUUUCCGCAGCCAUUGCCGCCCUCGGCUUAGCCCGUCUUGAGCCUCUCGACAAGCUUCACGGGUGUGGUUUCGACUUGCUGGAUGACGUACAGUUCCCCCGUCUGUGUGCUCUGGCCUGUUCCGGUAUAGUUGGUGCGGCCGCAGCGGCACCUCCGUGCGCACCUUUCUCCAGAGCGCGUUUACGGCCUGGUGGCCCGAAGCCUGUCCGCACUCCGGACUUUCCUACCGGUAUUCCGGACCCGUCCCCUGCGCAGCAGUCCGAGUUGUCUACGUCCGCCCUGCUUCACGAGCGGGCUCGCCACUUUCUGUCUUUGGUGGCUGCCCAUGGCGGGCUCAUCAUUUUAGAGAAUCCGUCCUCCAGCAUUCUCUGGCUGGAUCCCGCUGUCCGCUCCUGGCUUGCAGUUCAUGCGCCGUACUGCGCACAUGUCGCCGCAUGUCAGUACGGCCUUGCACUUCCGAAAGCCUGGGCUUUCUGGGCCAACUUCUCCGUUCUUGCUACUGUGGCUUGCAAAUGUCCGCAUCCGCCUAGAUUUCACCCUCCAUUUGCCGGCCGCCGUAAUGCGGAUGGCUCUUUUGCCACCCGCCAAACCGCUUGCUAUCCGGACGCAUUGGCAGCCGCCAUUGCGGCGCAGAUUGCACCUUUCCUGUCUGUCCGCAGUGCGGCCGUGGCCUUUGGUGAAUGGCCGUCCUUGCUUCAGCCCUCCUUCAUCUGGCCUCAGCCGUCCGGUCGAAUUCAGGAUGGUGCCGGGACUUGCAGCUCAGCUUUCUGGGGCACACCCAGAGAGCCCGACGUCCUCAAGCCAUUGCGUUCAGCCUGGUGUAGCCGACUGCAGACACCCGGUCUUUUGCCCGGCCUGCUUGCUCACCUUGUUUCUCCCAGCAAGGAGCCUCCGUUGUCCAAGUCUGCCCUUGAGCCAUUUCUGGCCGACCUGAGGCUUUUCUAUGUGACGCCACAUGGGCCAAACUCCUGCACAUUGAUCCGGGACAGUGUCCCCCUGGGCAUCGGCGAGCCCAUUCCGCCCUGCAAAGUGCUUUUCCCUCCGGAUCCGCCUUCGGAAUCCGUCCUGCCACUUCAGCAUUGUGACUUGGCAUGGAAAUCCGCGCUGGACCACGCCGAUCUUGUUGACGGCCUUCUCGAUGCCGAGCUUCAGGAAGGAUGGAUCCGCCCGGUUCCGGGCGGCGAUGCCGCGCUCCGCCAGCUUUACCAGCGUACUGCCGUCGGUAAGCUAGGCGUCGUCGUGUCUCCUGACCGUCCACCGCGGCUGGUGGUGGAUAGCUCCGUCAGUGAGGUUACCUCCAAUACCUGCCUUCCCAAUAAGGAGAAGUUGGCGGCACUUGUCUUGGACGUAUCAAAGGCCCAUCGCCGCAUCCGUAUCCGUCCGCAAGACCAAGGUUUCUAUUGGAACCACCUGGCUGGCUUGCUGGUCCGGCUAACACACCGUCUGUGGCACGUCCGUCAUAGUGCCCAAAUUUACGUGGACGACCUCCUCACCAUCUUGCUGAGAUCGUCUGCCCCGCUCCUUGCUGCGGUUCUGGUCGUACUCCUGUCCGUUCUUCGUGUUCCGAUGAGUUGGCACAAGGCCGAGCUCUCUGCCCGUGUGACAUGGAUUGGAUGGGCAUUUGAUUUCGACCAUUUCGUCGUGCAACUGGAUCCAGCAAAGCUUGCCCGUCUGUUAGCUUUACUCCGCCAGCUGCAGUCUUCGCCGAAAUGCACAGUCACUAUUCUGGAGAAGCUGACCGGGAAACUACUGUGGCUAUCCAACCUCUUCUCAGCCCUCCGUCCUUCCUUGGCGCCACUUUACAUUGACCAGCAUAGUCCAGUACCUAACAUGUGUGCUAUAUCCCCAGAGCUCUGGGCGUCAUUCCGUGCAUCUCUAUCGCCUGAGCUUCGCGUUGUGCGCCCUCUGCCUCUUGCGGCCAUUCCCGUGGGCUGCAAGCUCUUGCGCUACUCCCACACGCCCGCUUCAGCCUUAGCAGACCUGCCCGAAGUCAUUUCCUCCCGUCGCGUCUGGGUCCAGGUUGCCAACCCCUUCGCCCG